AUGCCAGCUCUACCGUUCCCCCAGAAACAAAGAAGAGAAAAGUUAGACAAACAAUUUGAGCACUUUCUAGAAGUGUUCAAUCAGGUGCAUGUGAAUAUACCUUUCACAGAAUUGCUUUCACAGAUGCCAGCUUAUGCUAAAUUCAUGAAGGAGAUAUUGUCCAAGAAGCGGAAAGUGGAAGAGACAUCGGUUGUCAAGCUGACAGAGCAUUGUACUUCUAUUAAUCUUAUUCCUUUGUCUAUUUACAGGAAAUUAGAGGGUGAUAUUGGAGAAAUUAGGUCGAUACCUGUUUCUUUGCAGCUGGCGGAUCAGACCACAAUCAUACCUAACAGAAUCAUUGAAGAUGUGCUGGUUCGGGUAGAUAAAUUUGUGUUCAAUGUGGAAUUCAUUGUGGUGAACAUAGAGGAAAAUAGGAAGGUCCUUAUGAUUUUAGAAAGACCAUUCUUGGCUACGGGCAGAGCAAUUAUAGAUAUUCAAGAAAGGCAGCUCAUGCUCAGAGUGGGGGAUGAAAGGUUGAUCUUCAAAAUGGAAGGAGAAGGGGGGUCUGAAAGAGCAAAUCGGAAAGAGUGA